GCACAGAAUGUUCGAAACACAAGAACAUCUCUGUGGAUGAAGUUUCAGAAACGCAAGAACUUCUUCGGAUGUUUGGGCCGCAAAGACUCUUUCACGGUUUAAUUUUCAUAGGCGGAAGAACUACUUUGUUUUGUCGUAGGAACGGUCCAACCGCAAGAAAAUCCGCCCGGUUGAACUUUUAAAAGCAAAAGUCUUUGUAGUAGGAUAACCUAUUUGUGACGGUUCUUUGUGGUGGCACAUCAAAGUUAAAAGGGCAGAGGAGACCAGAGCCUUUUGGUCAGAAAUUGGUAUCACUAUGAAUCUCUUCUGUGGUAAUAUUGUCUCUUUCAAGCAAGAUAGUCUGUGGUCAUGGUUUAUUUGUGGGCUCACAACUUUGUGCGUGAUUCUGACAAUUGGAUUUACCAGUGCUCUUGGCGUUCUUUUUCCCGUUUUCAUGAACUCUUUCGGGGAAAAUCGUGAAAGUACAGCUUGGGUUGCAUCGAUCAUACAUGGCGUAAAUUUGAUUCUCGGUCCUGUAACGGGAGCCUUCCUCAACAAAUUUGGCUUUCGAGUUACAACAAUACUGGGCUGCCUGUUAUGUUCUCUUGGCGUCACAUUGGGCUCCUUUGUUUCCACUAUUUAUAUGCUAUACGUUACCUUCAGCAUACCUUUUGCAAUGGGUCAGUCGCUGGUCUUCGUUUCGGAAGCAAUUAUAGUGAACAAUUACUUUGAUAAAAGAAAAUCCUUUGCUCUCGGACUAGUAACGUCAGGACAGGGAUUAGGAACGAUGAUUCUUAGUCCUUCUCUUCAGGCAGCAGUUGACGUUCUAGAGUGGAGGAACACCUUUCGGGUGUUUGGUGGUCUUUUGGCUGUUUCAUCCCUGACUGGAGUUAUUCUUCAUCAGAGUCCAUCAUCGCAAGAAAGAAACAUGAAUUGUUCCUCAAAAAAAUGGAGCUGGAAUCUAUCGUUAUUUAAGAAUUCGACCAUCCUAGUACUAAUCACAACAGGAGCAGCCCUCAUGUUCUCUCGCCUGGUCCCAUAUGUGCAUCUCAUGAAGCAUUGUGAUGACCUUGGUAUUUUGGCCGACAAGAGCUCGACAAUUUACAUGGUUAUCGGCAUAUUUGCCUCUCUUGGCCGCAUCGGAGGAGGAUUCCUGUGCGACUUGAAGUUCGUAAACAGCCGCCUUCUGCUUCAGGCAGCUAUUUUCAUUAUGGCAGCUUCCACUAUGCUUUUGACCCUGGCGAAGACUUACUUUGGUGUAUUCACUUAUGCCAUCUUUUUCAGUUCAGCGGAUGGAUUGAUGAUUACUUCAAUGAUAGUUGAAAUCCUAAAAGCCGUAAAGGAAGAUGAAAAGGCUUCCGCCGUUGGAUUGCUGAUGCUGUUUUCCGGAAUUUCUGCCUUGAUCGGUCCACCUUUGUCGGGUCUAAUGGCUGACACAUUCGGUAACUACUUCGUCGCGUUCAUUGUAGCUGGCGGAGUUGGAGUGGUUGGGUCUCUCCUUCCAUUUAUUCUCCUAUGUUUGAAACGUGAAGCAGGGAGAGAUGAACAAAACACACAGGAGGAUGCCUGAAAAGGGUUUAUGUUAACAUAUCCAAUCCAAUCAUGUGCCAGUUAUAGCAACUGAUAAUUUAUAAUGAUUUAAAGGUUUUUAAGAUAACUAAGACUUAACUUGCGCUCUGAUUAAUCGAUCACCGAAUUGUUUUUGUGUCCGCGGCAAUAUUUUGUAAGUAAGUAGAUAAGCUGUUCUAUUGUUCAUGGGUUACUACUCCGGCAAACCAGCAGAGAGUCACAGCGGUCGUCCAUUGCUUAAGCGAACAGUGCCUUUGUUUUUUAUUUAGAUCUUCCUCGCUUACUGACUGCCAGGAAAAGUGCAUAACCACAUUUAGGAAAAUGGCUCCUUAGUCAUAUCAUACCAUUAAAAACGUUGUUGUGCGAUUCACUCUAUCAAUGUUUCUUUUUACUUAACCACGUGUUAAGAUACUUGAUCCCCAAAAGUGAAAAACCCAACUGAUCUUUCUCGCUAAUGGUUAGAAUUUAAAAGGUAUCCACGUACUAGGCAUAUCAAAUUCGACUUGUUGAUUUUAU